AUGGCACCGGAUGCUGAGAAUUACACUUUCUUAUGUCCUCCCAGCAAGGAGGAACAAGAACAGGAACCAGUUUACCGCGCGCCCUCUCAUUACAAUCCUCGCUCCACCUUCCAUCUACCAACCGGCGCAGGACGGCACUACCAGCAGCAAUAUGACGACCUGUACUUUUUGCGACUUGCGAAGUUAAAGCCCACUGUCGAAAAAGUUGCGACGGCUGCGUGGGAUGGACUUAUUAUUGCCGGAGAGAAGGUGCGACGUGUCGAUCGAGUCCUCGAUGUUCGACAAGGCGAGCUGUGCUGGGUGGCCGGCACUGUAUACAUGCAUUUGCCAAUGAAGCCAAAUAUUUUGGAGGAUCUCAGCAAAGAGAAUUUCACUUCUGCGCCCCCUCCCCGCCGCACCUACACCGAUCCCUCCAAUCCUUCUCUGACCCAAAUUAUGAUGGAAGAUGAAUCCGGCCGCUUACGGCUCACUGGAAACUUUUUGCGAUCUACACAGCUGGCAACAGGUGCCAUCAUUGCAGCUUUGGGAACUGAAAAUGCGAAUGGAGAUUUCGAGGUGAUUGAUAUCAAGCUUCCGGAUUUGGCUCCGCAGCCUCAACGAUGGGAGGGCAAGGCUUCUGAAAAUGGAGUCGAAAUUUCUGGAAAGGAACAUGGCAAAAUCGCCUUUGUCAGUGGUCUAGGAAUCACAGGAACAUCAAGUGACACGCUUGCUUUGGAGCUAUUAACAGAUUAUCUUCUGGGCUACACUGGAUUCUCGGGAAACAACGACAACAGCCCUUCCUUGGGUUCCUCUAUAAUCACCCGCUUGGUUAUCGCAGGUAACUCACUUGGAGCCAGCGUAAUGAGCGAAGUUGCGCCAACAAUCUCUGGCGACUCCCAGCCGAAAAAGUAUGGCUAUGAUGCCUCUGCAUACAAUGCCGCACCUAUCACAGAACUCGAUAACUUCCUAGCGGAAAUCUUGCCCAGUAUUCCUGUCACACUCAUGCCGGGCGAAAAGGAUCCCGCAAACUUCUCCCUCCCUCAACAGGGAAUCCACCGUACUAUGUUCCCUCAAUCUAGGGCAUAUUCUGCACCUCCCUGCAGAGGAGAUGAAAAGCCCGAAGCAGGAUGGUUCGACAGUGUCACGAACCCUUGGGACGGCGAUGUGGAAGGCUGGCGAUUAUGGGGAUGCAGUGGUCAGAAUGUUGACGAUGUUCUGCGGUAUAUCAGUAUUGAGGGCGGCGAUAACAGCCCAGACCAGGAUACAGAUUCCGACACUCGGAUGCGAAUCAUGGAAGCCAUGCUUCGUUGGCGCUGCGGCGUUCCCACUGCGCCGGACACAAUUUGGUCAUAUCCAUUCCAAUCUGAUGAUCCAUAUGUUAUCGAGUCCUGUCCGCAUAUAUUUUUCGUUGGCAAUCAGCCACAGUUCAAGACUGCCACAAUUCAGGGUGACGUCCCUCUCCGCCUAGAUGGCGACACUGAAAUGGUGGGUGCCGCCGAUAGCUCUGAUAUAGCCCGUGUUCGGCUGUUGGCACUUCCCAAAUUCAACGAGACUGGGGAGUUAAUUCUGGUUGAUACCGAGACACUAGAGGUCGAGGUGGUCCGUUUUGGAGUUUUCAAGGGUCAGGAAGAACAAAAAUGA